AGAGGAGAGGUGCAGUGCUUAUUAGCCUUCCACAGAGCCGCGGAAUACAGACACUUUAUUGAUUUAAGUUAAUUCAUUCUUGCCUUAUGUUAAUAUGAACAUGAACCGUAGCCUUUGGAGUCCAUCAGCGGAACAAUUCAACGGGCAUCGGAGUUGAAAUCGCGACGAAAGGUUUCCGAGCAAGGGGAUGAAGAGAACAGCUGGAAGUGAACGGUGAUUUCUCUUCUCCGGCGUAUAUUAAAUUUCUGCACCUGCUAUGAAAGGAAUGAAAGGAAUAUCGCCUUAAACACAACCGGGGCUUUUCAGAAUAUAUCAAGAAGAAAACUAUCCAUUUCGAUUGUAAACGCCAAAGACUAUUCGCUGGAUUUAUGGACAUUAAUACGAAUCUGAGUUUAUUUCAUUGGCAAAGCACUUAUUUACCGGAUUCGUGUCAGCUGUGGUAUAUAAUAAGCUAUUUGUACUGAAGUCUGCAGUUGCCUACUAAGCCUUACUCGGAGAUUAUUCCAGUAAGCAAACGUGUAAAAAACCCUGAGCGACUGAAUCAUUUACGGUAGUCAAAACGAAGUUAACGGAGUGCAAUUGGCACACGGCAUUUUCCUUUUUUUUUUCUUUUUUUUUUUUUUUUUUUUUCUUGGGAACAGCUCCGCACUUUGAUCCGCAGUCGUCUCUAAAACAGAUCGGAUUAAUAAUAAUAAUAAUAAUAAUAAUAAAAGGAAAUCUGGAAGUCCUUCUUUUAAUUGAAAACAAAGGGGAAAGUGCCCAACGAACCUGCAGAAGAGGCUUUUUUUGGAUGACUUUUACCAUUUUUACGCGCGGGACGUAAAACGUAGAUAAAAGGAAAUAAACUUUUAUAAUAAGUCGAAUCUACCAGGGAUUAUACAUUUUCCAUUUUACCCGAGAACAGAAUGAGAUAUUUUUGAUUUUUGUCUUAUUCUUUCCCUCAUUCUGUUCGCUCGGCCGCUGCGCACGUUCCCCCAGUCCCGUCGGCAAGAACCUGCAUGGAAAUCUAGUCAGCACCACAGAGCAAUUUAUGGUUGGCCUUGGAAAACCAGGGGCUGUAGAAUCUUACCUGCGUCUUCGCAGUCAUGCUGGCCUGCUUGCAGAGGAGGCAGAAUCCUGCACCCCAGCACGCCACGGCUGCUUGCAGCAGCAACAAGAGUCUUGAGCCAACGCAACACAUCAACCGCAAAUGUGAACUGACUGUCCCCAUGUCUACCCCGCGCUACCCCAGCGCAGCAGAGCUGGAUGCCUAUGCGCAGAAGAUGGCCAACAACCCACUAUCCAUCAAGAUUUUCCCCACGAACAUCAGGGUCCCACAACACAAGCAUCUUAACCGGACUGUGAACGGAUAUGACACCACUGGACAGCGGUACAGCCCCUACCCCCACCUCCACACUGGAGGCUACCAGGGUCUGCUAGCAAUUGUCAAAGUCUCAUCAUCCUCAUCUUCUUCAUCCUCAUCAUCUUUUGUACCCUCAAAGGGCGUUCUCAAAAAUUCAGAGGGCAGGAGGACUAAGUUGUCUCCGGCGCAGAUAGCAGUGGCUCCUUAUCCGCCUCCAAACAGCAGCACUUUAGGUCAUUGCCAUGGACAGAUCAUGUACCACGCAGGACCUCCCAAACCCCCAGAGGCCACCACUCUAUCAGUUCCUCCCAAUGUCACUGUGGCUGGCUCCGUGAUCCCUGUGGCUGGGGGCCGGGGGCUGAAUGUCCCUCCUCAGUCAAACCUUCCCUCCAUCCAGAGCAUAAUUUAUCAGAUCAACCAGCACUGCCAAGCCCAGGCUCUGCAGCAGGUGUGUCAAAAUGGAACGUCUAUGGGACCCCUGAACCCCAGCCCAUGCAAACAAGGGACCACCAACUCCUCAGGAGGGACUUAUGUCAAUAGUGUGGCUCCACAAGGAAACAUGGCCUAUUCAGGGACGGUGCUACCAGGGCAGAAUGGGGAGGUGAUAAAGGCUGGAGUGUAUCCUGAAAGUAUGGACUACCUGCUGUGGCAGAAGCAACAACAGCAGCAGGCGGUGUUGAGGAUGUACAGCGGAGGAAGUGGAGGAGGAGGAGCUGUCAGCAAGUCACCCGAAACAUGUGCCCCAGGCACAUCCAUCAUGCUGGGUGGGGCGCAGGUGUCUUACUCUAGAGGUUAUCCAAUGACGGCCAGUAUGAGUGGCGGGGGUGGGCUUGACAAGGUCAGCUCCUCCCCUUUGAACUGUGUGGGGAUGCAUGGGAACUUUUCCGUUGGGCAGUAUUUCGCCCCUCCUUGGAACAGUGUUCUGGUUACACCAGACAGUGACUGCUACAACCCUCAAGAGUUGCCAGGAGCUACCACCACGGCUGGACCGGCGACAGGGCACAGAGAGCUGGGUUUCCCCCACCAUCACCAACACCCUCAUCAUCAUCACCACCACCAUCAUCAUCAUCACCCUGCCAUAGAUAGCACGGGUGGUUUGUGCUGCAGUUUGCCCAGUAAAAGCCUGUGUAAUACGUCAGUGUUGAGCAGCAGUCUGCAAUCAUUGGAAUACCUGAUCAAUGACAUCCAUCCUCCCUGCAUCAAGGAGCAGAUGUUGGGGAAGGGAUAUGAGACUGUGUCUGUGCCGAGACUGUUGGACCACCAGCAUGCACACAUCCGCCUCCCUGUUUACAGAUAAGAAGAGGUGUACUGGGUGGCAGUGGGUCAAGCUGACCAAUAUGAAGACCUACUGGGAAAUCUUUAAUCAAAAGCUGCAAAUGUUGCCAUUGCGGAUUGCCUAGAUUCGCUGUGGAAUUUUCAUGAUACUGCUUUAAGCAGAUGGAGAAAAUCUGGAUAUAAAUACAGAAUGAAUGCUGGAAAGCUAAUUGGUGCCUCUCGGCUUAGAGCUGGGAGAGAAUGGCUGGCUGGGAAAUGGAAUGUUGCAAGAUCCGAAAUGCGGAUUCUGUGGUUCUUUUUUGUUUUUGCGAAGAGGGAUUUUUGGUUGUUUUCCUGUUGUUUCUUUUUGUGAUUUUUUAUUUUUUUUCUUCUUCUUUUAAUUAUUUUAUGAGACUAAUAAUAAUAUUUUUUUUUGGUGAGAGUCAAUGGUUGAAAUGAAGUAAAAUAUGGCCUCCUCUCCUCCCGACAUAUUGAGUAACUCAUUGUGAUUAACUUGAUGAAGAUGAUGGUCUUAAAAUUACAAUAUCUAUAAAAGUAUAUGGCUGAACCUGUACUCACAAAACACUGUAAGAGGUAAAGGUAUUCACACAUUGCAGAAUUGCAAAGAUCAAAAAGCAACAAGAUCAGUGCUUUUAGGUGAAGUUAAUGGAUAUUUAAUUGAAUAAAAAAAUAAAAAUAAAAAAAGCUUAGCGGUAAUAAUUAGGGAUUAUCAUAGAAAGAGCACUGCUUGGGGUGUGAAAUUUUAAAGUGAAAGUACUGGGAGGUUGGAAAUUAGAAGUAUGAAUAUAAUGUAUUUAAAGAACUUGAAGACUUGAACCUAUUUUUGUUUUAUAUAUUUGUAGUAUAUAAUAUGCAUUGGCUGCUAAGGGAAUAAGAGUGUAAAAUGCUUAGGGUUUUUUUAUGUUUCAUUUUGUUUUGAUUUUAUUCUCCUUUGGCUGCAGUAAAGUUUCAGCUGUUCUCAUGGUUUAACUACUAUUGAGAGCCAAACAACAGAAUCGGCUCAUUUAUUUACCUACACUGGAAUCCACCCUCUCCAAAUACACAAUUUUAAUGGUUACAAAAAAGUUGCUCUAAAAUGAGACUGCCCUCAUUACCAAGUUUGGGCCUAUCUGCCUUUUUGGUGUGUCUUUAGAUGGAACAUCUUCUAACUUAAAUCUGAUUUCAAAUUCUGGAAAUGAGCUGUCUGUUGUCUUUAGAGCUGAAGCUUUUAAUUGGUUUGGGAACAAAUGACUCCUCCCUCAUUGCUUUGAAUCAGAGCGGUGUGAAAGCUAUUGCUUAUAGUAUUGUCGCACUCAAGUAAGCAAAGACCUGAGGGGAGCUGACCUAUCAAUGGUGUCACUUGACCAUUCCUCUUUUUGAAUAGAUAAAAACAAUCAUUGUGUGGUGCCUCUCUCAUCUAGAGGUGGAAGGAGAGAGGGUGAGAUGUUUCUCUCAGCUCUGUGCUAGCGGUUUAAGCAGGGUUGAGGCCGCUCAUAAGCUUUGUCUCGACACUGAAAUAUUUAUUCCGACUGUGACUUUCCUGUGAAUGUACUGCACUUAGUUUACUGAGAAGACUAAUGCCUUGUGGGAUAGAGAGGCGGGAAAUAAAGAAAAACUGGAUGGCACAGCAGUUCCCGGCGUUAAAUUAGCAUUUCUUUUGUCAGUCAAAUUUCAGCUGUAAAUUGAAUUUAGAAACUCGAGCAAGGCGACAGAGGGGUUUCUGUUGGAGGCAAAAGCUGGCUACAGUCUAGAUUUAUGAAGUGCAAUUAUUAUGACUGUAUUAACAAUUUUGUUUUCUCUGAGCUUACACCAAAAAAAUGUAAACUACAGCUGUGUCUACAUUCCCAAUGUACCACAUACUCAUUCCCUUCUUGUUUUGAGGUGCGAAAUAAACUGAUUUCAAGAAUUUAUUGAAAAACCCA